AUGAUGAAGUGCUGUGGUCUUGUGUCUGAGGGAAUGGUACCAGUGCCUCUGAAGAGCAUCACAGUGGAUGUGCGGGUUCAGGGGCAUGUUGCCACAGUCACGUCCACUCUGCAGUAUGUGAAUGAGGAAGAGCGCCACCUGGAGGCCUUGUUCGUCUUUCCUCUGCCAGCUGAUGCUGCUGUCUGCCACUUCAGUGCAAAGAUCGGCGAGCAGGAGAUUGUGGCAGAGGUGCAAGAGAGACAGAGCGCGAGGGAUCAGUAUGAUGAUGCUGUGAGUUCGGGUCAGCAGGUGUUUCUGUUGGAAGAGAGCGCAGAGAGUUCUGAUGUGUUCAGAUUGAGUGUUGGGUGUCUGACACCACGUCAGAACGCUGCCAUCACCAUCAUCUACGUCACCGAGCUCGCUGUUCAGGCCGAUGACGCCCUGCGGUUCUGUCUGCCUGCUGUACUCAACCCCCGAUACACACCAGCAGGUUCAGGUGGUGGAAUAGUUUCAGAGAUUUCAUCAGGAUGUGGAUCUGUUCCCUACACUCUGACUCUCAGUGUUCAUGUGAGCUCUCCAAACCCCAUCUCCAAAAUAGAGUCCAACUGCACUCUGGAUCCUCUAGUGUUCCUCAACUCUGAUCACACUCACGCAACGGUGAAUCUGAGUGAUGGUCACAUGUUUGAUAAGGACGUUGAGCUGUUUCUGUACUAUCAGAAUACCCAUCAGCCCACCGCUAUAGUGGAGGCAGGAGUGGCCACUUAUCGGCCAGGUACAUUGAUGCGGGAUUCAGUGGUCAUGGUAACUUUGUACCCAGAGUUCCCUGAGGAAUUGAUGUCAUCAGUGGCAUCAAAAGGCGAGUUUGUUUUCGUGAUUGACAGAUCAGGCAGUAUGGACGGCAUGAUGCAUCGUGGGAAAGGAGCACAGAAGCGCAUAGAGAGCGCAAAAGACACUCUACUCUUAUUGCUGAAGAGUCUGCCAAUGGGAUGCUGCUUCAAUAUCUUUGAGUUUGGCUCUCAUUUUGAGUCCUUAUUCGAUCAGAGUGUUGUGUACAACCAGGACUCAAUGGAUGAAGCUCUAAAGAGAGUAAAGGAAAUGCAAGCAGAUAUGGGUGGCACUGAGAUUUUAAAGCCCCUAAAACACAUCUAUAGACAGCCCUGCUACCCUGAUCACCCCAGACAGCUGUUCAUUUUCACUGAUGGAGAGGUGCAGAAUACUAAAGAGGUGCUGGACCUGGUGAAAAGUCAAGCUUAUGCUCACAGGUGUUUCUCAUUCGGGAUUGGUGAGGGUGCAAGUACGGCCCUCAUCACAGGAAUGGCCAGAGAGGGAUCUGGUCAGGCCCAGUUCAUCACAGGCUCUGACCGCAUGCAACCCAAAGUGAUGCAGUCCCUCAAGCUUGCACUUCAACCUGCAGUGGUUAAUAUCUCUGUCAAAUGGAUGGUGCCAGGUGGUAUUUAUGUUAACACAGUGUCCCCACCCAUCAAAGUGCUCUUCCAGGGUCAAAGAGCACUUAUUUAUGCCCAUCUUCAAGGAAAGAAAGGAAGAAGCUCUAAGGGAACUGUGAUAGUGACAUACAGCCUGAAUGAUCAACCAGUGACAAACCAGCUCCACUUCUGCCUUAAACCUACUGAAGAUACUGGACUGACCAUCCACCGGCUGGUGUCUCGGUCCCUGAUCCGCUUGCUGGAGCAAGUAGAGAGGGAAGGUUGUUCAAUGAUGCAGGAUAUCAAGAGCAGGAUGGUGGAGCUCAGUGUUCAGGCAGGAGUGAGUUGUAUUCAUACAGCCUUCAUUGCCAUUAACAAAGACAGCAAACAGAUUGUGAAAGGACCCCUGCUGCAGAGGAGAUUGCCAACAGGAGGGAGGAGCUGGACCGGAAGUGGUUACCGUGUAGUGAUGACGAAUUCUGGCCCCGUUUUCAUGAAGAGGCAAAUCGGAGGUGGCUAUGGAGAAUGUGUGGACUCUUAUGCCUCAAGCAUCGGUGGGACUAGUUCAUCAAAACCCUGUGGACGCAGUGGCAGAAAAAAGGCCAGAUAUGAUUCAACGCUGGGAGAUACUAAGCUCCAGAAGGACUCUUUGCUCCAGCUGGUUUCUCUCCAGAAGGCAUCAGGCUGCUGGGAUCUGAACUCCACACUGGCUCAUGUGUUUGGAAAGAUGGAGGAUGAGCUGACCAAUCAGAAGCCAGCACAGGUGGAUGUGUUAGUUUGGGCCACUCUUCUGGCUCUCAUCUGGCUGUACGGAUAUAAAAUGGAUCAUCAGGUUGAGUGGCAGUUUGUGGCCAUGAAGGCGGCAUCAUGGAUCCGCUCUCAGAAAGUGGACAGUGUGUCUCAGUGUGUGUGUGUUGGUAAUGCCCUGCUGGGAUGUCAGGUGACAGAAGAGACGCUGGGAAUCUGA